AUGGAAGACGACGUUAUGGGCCAAGGCCUCUUUAUUGGCCUUCUGGAUAAGAUCUUCCCCGGUCUUACAUACCUCCCCUACUUCGCCGUUCUUGCGUUCAUUGCUAAGAACAUAUUUGAGUUCUGGUCCGAGUCCAUCACCGCCCGCUUCAUCUCAACCAUCGAGAUCAGUGCUCAUGACGAGACGUACAACUACUUGAUGAACUGGGUGUCGCAAAAUGGCAUCUCCAAGGAUAAUUACCGACUCCGCGCCUCUGCAACUCUGACCAAUGAAGGCUUCACAUGGUCUCCCGACCCAGACGAGAAACAAGACGCCAAUAGGAAUGACGAUGACGAAGACCCUUUGGCCAAGCAGAUCAGUGAGAUGCGAUCCAUGUCAUCUCUUUUCAACGUCAAGCCCAUUUACUGGACGCCAGCGCUUGGUACACAUUUCUUCCGCUACGAGAAUCGUAUCUUGGCUUUUUCAAGAGGUCUCGAGAAUCAGAACAAUGGCGCCACCCCAAGGCAGCCUGAGAAGCUUGCUAUUUUGUGUCUAGGACGAGACGCGACCAUCCUCAAACAACUGCUGUAUAAUGCGCGCAUUGACUUCCUUGAGAAGCAGAAGGGCAAAACAAGUAUCUUUCGGGCAACCAAGCUUGGACCUGAGGAAGAAAUGACAUGGACACGGUGCAUGGCUAAGGCGACGAGACCCAUGUCUACUAUUGUCCUCGAUGAGCAACUCAAACAAGGCUUCAUCGAAGAUCUUCGUCGAUAUCUUGAUCCUCAAACUAAGCAUUGGUAUGCUAACCGUGGCAUUCCUUAUCGCCGAGGGUAUCUCUUCGCUGGUCCACCAGGAACAGGCAAGACCAGUCUUACCCUCGCGGCUGCUGGUUUGAUGGGGCUAGACAUCUACAUGGUCAACCUUCAUUCUCCUCGACUGAACGAGGACAGUCUAGCGUCUCUGUUCCAGCAAUUGCCCGAGACCUGCCUCGUCCUUCUUGAAGACAUUGAUGCUACAGAGCUGGCUCAGAAGCGUGGUGCGGGUACAAGCAUGAGCUCACAGAAGCGCAAGAGACGAGAUGCAGAGAGAAUCUCACUUUCUGGUCUUCUUAACGUCAUCGAUGGUGUUGGGGCGCAGGAAGACCGUGCGCUUGUUAUGACGUCGAAUCAUACUGAAAAUAUUGAUCCAGCUCUGCUUCGCCCAGGGCGAAUUGACCACACUAUUAAUUUCCAACUGGCCACCUCAGAGGCAGCAGAAAUGCUCUUCAAACAAAUGUACGAUGCCCCAGAGACGCAUGCUGAAGGCUAUGGAUCGGAGAAGGCAUUGGCAGAAAGAGAGUCAAUAGCAACCAAGGCAUCCAGGUUCGGGAAAGAGGUUCCCGAUUUUGCUCUAAGUCCGGCAGCUAUUCAAGGAUUCCUGCUUACUCAUCUGGAUGAUCCUGAUGGAGCGUUAGCUGCUGUUCAGGCAAUUGAACACCAGAACAGCUCUGCCCCAGACCCACAGGACAUAAACGACAGUAGUGCAGAAAGCUUUUCAGAAUCCGAAGAGGAGCAUGAUAGCAAUACCUAG